GUCAUCGCUCUGCGAGAGUCGAGAUACCCAGCUCGGACGCUCAGGUCUUUUUGCAUGAAGCGUAGAGCCUCUUGUUCCGUCCUUCUUGAAUGCGCCCUACCAAUCGUGCUGCUGUCACAGACGCUUUGACCCCAAAUUUUGGCAGUAAACAAAGAUCGUCACAAAGCAAUUCACCAUCCAGCCCGGCGCGUCCCCCAGCGCGAUAACAGGCGACAUUUCAUAUCUAAAUCGCCAACAUGGCGCAAUCUCCCGACCGCGGACCUGCGCUCGCGACCACGAAGCGCAAGUUCGACACGCUGCUUGAGAGGCUCACCGCGAGCGCUUCGACCACGUCCCUCGCAAGCACUCUUCGUGAAUCCAACGCAUCCACCACUUCACUCUCGCACCCCACCACAGAACCCGCUUCGAAGCGCUCUCGGCUCUCUGAUGUCGGCAUGGAGCCCCCUCGGGUAGUGUCCGGCAGCGAGCGCAUCAGGGCACUGCAAGAUCAGCUGUUCACUCCGCGUAAGCAGGGCGACAGACUGGUCGGAGCCGGCGUGCGCGUAGUCGGCUCCAACAAGACGCCCGUGAAGCCUUCCACGCCCCGCAAGGAACCGAACUAUCAGCCGUACAGCCAGGAGCAGUUCCUGGGGAGGCUGAAGACGUUCGCAGACGUAAAGAAGUGGGCAAACAAGCCAGAUGCGAUUGGGGAAGUCGAGUGGGCGAAGAGGGGAUGGGUAUGCGAUACCUGGAACACGGUCGCGUGCAAGGGAGGCUGCGAGCAGAGGGUUGUGGUGCAGUUGCGGCCAAAGCGGAAAGACGCGAGCGGGAAGGAGAUUGAGAUGAGCGAGGAUCUGGCGGAGGACGUCUCAGAGGGCCUUGUGGAGAAGUUCCGCGAUCUCAUUGUUGAUGGGCACUCUGAGGAGUGCUUGUGGAGGAGACGAGGAUGUCAAGAUGAUAUAUACCACAUCUCGAUACCGGAUCGCGCCAAAAGCUCGGCGGAGCUCCUCAUCCGCUACCGUUCCUUCAAGCCCAUCGCAAGCGAGCUUCCUGCAUUAGAGAACCUGAUAUACCCCGAGCCGCGAGUAGAAGACGUCCUCAAGCAUGUACCCUCUACCCUCUUCAACCCGCCCGGCUCCGAUGCCAUGGAAGCCCCGCCCACAUCGCCAGCAGAAAUGGUGUCCUUCCUGUUCGCGGUGUUUGGCUGGACAGGCACGUCUGAGUUAAGCAUCAAGUUGGUAGUGUGCAACCAUUGCUUCCAGCGCAUAGGUCUCUGGCUCUAUGAGGAGUCGCGUCUUGGGGAGAUGAGCAAAAAGCUGGAAGUUCCCAUCGAAUCCCUCCGCCUCAAUGUCCUCGAAUCGCACCGCGAACACUGUCCCUGGAAGAAUGCUGAAGCCCAGCAUAACCCGACGGACGGCCCGAUAGCAAACAUGGCUGGUUGGCAGACACUGGAAUUCAUGCUGCAAGGUAGGAGAAGGGACAGGGAGCGCAGGAAUAUAGAGAGCGUGGAUCUAGGGAGCGAAUAUACGUAUCCGAGGGGAAGCAUGGACAGCGAGCCGAGGAGUCCGACCAAGAGGGACACGGACGACUCGCUCGAAUCGAAGUGGAAAAGGUUCAAGGCGAAACUGAGGAGGACGGCGUCAAAGAAGAGCUUGAAGAGCUCUAAGAGCAUCAAGAGUGUUAGGAGCUCGAAAAGCGGGAAAAACGUGGCCGAGAAGGAGAAGGAGAAUGGUGCAGCUUGAGUGAGCACUCUCUCCUUUGCGGUCAGCUCCUGCGAACGCCUUUGAUCGCGCUUUAAUGCCUAAAUGAUAAUCUAGGUAGGAACAUGUAAAGCCUCCUGUGAAGCGCUUCUUCAUAUGCGUUUGUGCCCCUCUUGCUAGGCUAUUGAACUAUACUAGUCUGCAUCCCUCAUUGGUGUGCCUGGC